AGUGAGGAAGAGGGACCUCUUCUGUUGGCGCUUGCGUGAUGCGAGGUGGUUCCGCAUGCGCGGUGGGGUAGAACCAAGCGCACGCUGAGGAGGAUCGGCCGCUGCUGUGGCAGGACUGUCUGCUCUCUGCUAUUAAAGAGCACGGCACGGGAUCCCGGCGCGGGAUUCAGACACAUACCUCAGAAUGCCGGGUCUAAGUUGUAGAUUUUAUCAACACAAAUUUCCUGAGGUGGAAGAUGUAGUGAUGGUGAAUGUAAGGUCCAUUGCUGAAAUGGGGGCCUAUGUCAGCUUGCUGGAAUACAACAAUAUUGAAGGCAUGAUUCUUCUUAGUGAGUUGUCCAGAAGGCGUAUUCGUUCUAUAAACAAACUGAUCAGAAUUGGCAGGAAUGAAUGUGUGGUUGUCAUAAGAGUGGACAAAGAAAAAGGAUAUAUUGAUUUGUCAAAAAGAAGAGUUUCUCCAGAGGAAGCAAUCAAAUGUGAAGAUAAAUUCACCAAAUCCAAAACUGUUUACAGCAUUCUUCGUCAUGUUGCUGAGGUGUUAGAGUACACCAAGGACGAGCAGCUGGAGAGCCUGUUCCAGAGGACUGCCUGGGUCUUUGAUGACAAAUACAAGAGACCUGGAUACGGUGCCUAUGAUGCAUUUAAGCAUGCAGUCUCAGACCCAUCUAUUUUGGAUAGUUUAGAUCUGAAUGAAGAUGAACGGGGAGUACUUAUUAACAAUAUUAAUAGGCGUUUGACACCACAAGCUGUCAAAAUUCGAGCAGAUAUUGAAGUGGCUUGUUAUGGUUAUGAAGGCAUCGAUGCCGUAAAGGAAGCCUUGAGAGCAGGUUUGAAUUGUUCUACAGAAACCAUGCCCAUCAAAAUUAAUCUAAUAGCUCCUCCUCGAUAUGUGAUGACUACAACAACUCUGGAGAGAACAGAAGGCCUCUCUGUUCUCAAUCAAGCUAUGGCUGUUAUUAAAGAAAAGAUUGAGGAAAAGAGGGGUGUCUUCAAUGUUCAAAUGGAGCCUAAAGUGGUCACAGAUACGGAUGAGACUGAACUUGCAAGGCAGCUUGAGAGGCUCGAAAGAGAGAACGCAGAAGUGGAUGGAGACGAUGAUGCAGAAGAAAUGGAAGCCAAAGCCGAAGAUUAACUUUGUGGGAAACAGUCCAUUUUAAGGAACACAAAGCAGCCCUUCCUGGCUGUAAACCCUAGACUUGAAAGUUUUCCAGUAUUGAAAACUUCAAAGCUGAAUAUUUUUUAUUUCCAAGUAUUUAAAUGUUCCAACAGACCAAAACAUGACAUGUCCUCCUAAAAGUCAGCUGUUUUCACACAGAAGCUCCAACAUUCAGCAGUUUAAGCGAGUGGGCCUAACUUCACUAGAGACAAAUCUUUAACAGUCAUAAAAUUGGGCUUGUGGUUUCCAUUUCUGAUGUCUCCAGAUUGGCACCCCUUUGUAGUUCAGUGCCUCCCUAAGAUUUAUCAGGGGCACCCAAAGCAAAUAGCCUCAACCUUUCUACAUAAAAUGUAUCAAGCAAAAAUUAAAUAAAUUUCUGGGAUAUUUAACUAUAGGCUUCUUCCUUCUUGUCACCAGUUAGAUUACGAAGACCCUAAUUCUAUUACUUUCAUUUUAGUCUAGAUGAGAAAUAUAAGGGCAGGUGACCAAAGGGUCUAUACAGCAGAUCCUUUCAAAAGGAGGGUGUAGAGAAAAUAAUUUUAACCACAGUUAAAGUUGACUCUUAGGGGAAAAAAGCCUUAAAAUGCGAAUUUUAAAAUUACAUAGGAUGUGUGCCUUUUACCAACUUGAGACUGGGGACAAUAUAUGGUAUGAGGGGAGAAUUUUAUCACACUGGUCCUUGUUGGUCUACUAAGCUGCUUGCCCUGAGUUUGUAAUUCAGGGUGGUAAAAUUUUUUGUUCUGUUUUAUUUUUAAAGAUGCUGCUUCUUUAGUCAUUUUGAGUAUCAUUGCCCAACUUUUGAUUUCUUUUCCAUUAACAUAUUCACUAGUGCCACCUAGAGCUUCAGCUCUUUAUAAUGAAUAGGAAUCUGAUUAAACACAAUUACAGUGAUUUUUCUACAUUUCCAUCAUUUUUAUGUUUAAGAGCUAAUUGUUUAAAAGAUAUAUGAAUCUAAAGGUAAAUAAAUAAGGUAAAUAAUUUUCAUAAAUAACACACGAUUUGAAGUUACAGCUACAUUAGCCAGGGUGUAGAAAGUCUUGAGUUACUUUGGGUAUGUUUUAUAGAUUUAAUCUCUUAGGAAACUUGAGGUACUAGAUUUAUUUUGAUUAUUCCUAAGAAUAGCUAUUUAAAUACUUAAAAGAUUAAACCUAACCCACCUUAAUUGAUUGAGUACUAGACUUAAUUGAAUAUUAAAGGGACUGGAAAAUAGAAGUGUGUUGGUGAGACAGUUAUGCCAUUUUUGGCUUGUCCCUAUUCAAUUUAGCAGCCUCUACUUAGCUUUUUAAAUCCAAAAGUAAAACUUCAUAUGGCUGUUGCCACAAGGUAGCCAUAAUUGCUAGUACAUGCCAUCCUGGGAAUAUUUAGAGGAGGAUCUAGGUAUACUCAAAAUUGGCACAUGAUUUUUACUUUGGUCUUUUUGAGGAGUUAAAACAAGUCUGUAAAGCUUGUGGCAUCAAAAAUGGCCUCAAAAUAACAACAGGUGCUCCUUAAAUGUUUGUUGUAGGCAAGGAAUUAAAUUCCAUGUUGUUUACUGAAUUUUUUACACUUUAAGGCAUAACCCUUGAGAAAUACUGGUGACCUCCACAGUGAGUGAUUUUUAUGCCAUCCAGGCCUUUUGAUCACUUCCACAACAGUUUUGCAAAAUUUAUGACCCUUCCCAGAGAAAAGAUUAAUACCUCACUGACACCAAUGAAGGAGAGAACUAAUCAAACUUAAAGCACACAUACCUGCUGACCUGACAAUACCACUUUCAAAUAUGAGGACAAGCUACACACCCAGCUCCAAAUAACCUGAGGGACAGAUUAAAGACAAUUGACCAGUUUAUCUAAAUCCUGGAUUACCAUUCAAAGACUUUUCAUUAAAAAUUGACAAGUUCAACCUCCCAUUCUGCCUAUGAGUUAAAGUGGCUAUCAACUCAUACACCUGAAAAUCCACAAUAGUUCGGGUCACACUUAAUUGUAAUGGAAAGUCAAAAGUAGCUGAAAAAAAAAUGGGAGCAUACGAACAUUUUCUUUUGCUGUGUUUUGUAGCAAAACAAGACAACCAGUAUGUACCUGGAUAAGGCUCAUUUAGUGAGAACCUAUAGAGACAUGCUAGGUAGGCAUUACAGUUACUACUCAACUGCCAUCCUUUCAAACACUCUUGACACAGCUACUUUUGUAUGAAGAACCUUUAAAAUGGUUCGGGGAUUUUUAAAAAUUCAAGUACUAGUACUUCGGCAAGAGUUGCCUCAAGGUAAUGGCCAUCUACUUUUUCAACACGAAGAUUCUGAUACCCCUAUACAGAACAGGGUGCAGUUGUGCCAAUUUGGAGUCAAGCCAUCAAAUCAAAUGCAGUUUAAUUUAGACAAACACCUGUUGAUAUUCGGAGAGCAAUAAAAAAAAAAAAAAAAAGCUAAUUCCAGGGAUAUUAGACCUUGAUGAAAUGCCAAAUG